AUGAUGGCUAUUUGGAAACAGCAGAACGCUGAUCGUACGCUUGUAGAAAUUGCCGUUGUUGCUACCAUACUUUUUACUAUUCUAGCUACUAAAUUGAAACAAAAUGUGUUGUACGCUAACUUAUCGUUUGUUAUUAUUGUACUGUGUUCGUUACAUAUCUAUGCAAUUCGUUUGCAUGUUUAUUGUUGGCAGUUAUUUCCACUUCUAUAUCGACGCGUUUUUGACGGAACUGAUGAAAGAUUUGAUCUACUGCUAUUCUACAUUAUUUGUGUGGUAGAAUCAUUAAUAUUCUGUAUUGUUGUAAACCUUUCAUCGCACAGCUCAACAAUUCAUCGAAAAUUUUUCCAUUUAACGGCUUCUUUAGUUUGUAUUGCUGGUAUUAAGUAUGAUUUCGAAUUAAUUUGGCUCUUGGCUUGGUUGAUGUUGUGUUUAUUCAUUGUCAUUGAGGUUUUUCGUUCAAAUCGUAUACAGCCUUGGUCAUCAUUUCUUAGUAAUUGGUUGAUGGUUUUUGUUAAUGAACAAGAUUCUUGUGAACUUAUCUUAACUCCAAUAUAUCUUUUAGCAGGAAUAUUUUUGCCUAUAUUUCUCUCACCUAUUUCUAAUCAAGAUUAUCCUCGUUUAUAUCACUUUGCUGGUGUUGCAACAGUGGGUGUUGGUGACAGUUUCGCAGCAAUUUUUGGUUCACUAUAUGGACGUUUAAAAUGGCCAAAGUCAAGAAAAACAGUAGAAGGAAGCAUUGCAUUCGCUGUUAGCCAAUAUAUUUUUACAGUUCUUAUUUGUCAGUAUUACAUAAAUUAUGAUGUAGGUGUAUAUGAAUUGUCUCGACUUUUCUUGAGCUCCAUUCUUUGUGCGUUUGUAGAAGCUCAACUGCCUGCUAUAGACAAUCUUAUUCUGCCUUUGAUGGCUUAUUUGACGAUGAUUUAG